UUGUGAUAACAAAUAAGAUGUUUUUAUGUAACGUUACCAUUUAUAUAUUAAAAGAAUAUUAAUGUUUAUUGUGUAAGAAAAUAAUAUAACACAAAUAUAAAUAUAAUAUAUAACAAUGGAUAAAAAUCACCAUCCGGAAGAAAUUCUGGAGAGAAUAGGUGGAUGUGGAAGAUUCCAAGUGUUUCUUUCAGUGAUGUCUCAUUUGAUGAAAUUGCCAACUGUGUUAACAAUGUACCUAAUGGUGAUCUCUAUAGCAACGCCCGAAUGGCGAUGUAUGGAUGACAACGGACCUAGUCACGUGACUGCAGCUUUUAAUACAACUUUUCUACAUGUUAAUUCAACUUACGCAAAUUCUUCUGAUAUAGACUAUUUUGGUACAGCAAAUCACUCAAAACCGUACAACAAUAUAAAAGCAUGUGAAAACAGAAAUGGUACCCGGUGUAACAAUAUAGUUUACAGUGAUGAAAUGAAAACGAUAGUGUCUGAGUGGUCAAUGUCAUGUACCUUACCGUGGGUUCCUUCAACAAUUGCCUCAAUUCAAAUGCUUGCAAUAUUAUUUGGAAACCUGGCUUGCGGCCAAAUAGCGGAUAGCUUUGGUCGAAAGAUGCCUUUAUUUUCAUCACAGCUGUUACUUAUUGCUGCUAACUUAAUUGGGUAUUUUUCUACAUCUUGGCUGAUGUUUGGUGUUGCACGAGCAAUAUGUGGUAUCGGAAUGGGAAUGUUUUUGACCGUUCAGUACAGUCUGUCCACUGAGGUCAGUGUAUCCAGUUGGAGACCAUGGAUCGUGGCAUUUCCAACAUGGGCAUUAAUGGCGUGUGGACUAGCAUUAGUGAGCUAUCUGAUGCCAGACUGGAGAAAACUUCAUCUGCUCACAACUAUAGUAACAAUUCCAUAUCUUCUCCUGUGGUGGUAUUUUCCUGAGAGUUUCCGGUGGCACCUGUCACAUGACAGAACUCAUGUAGCUAAAGAUAUCAUACAACGUAUAGCAAAGUUCAAUAAAAAGUCAGUAAAUGAUGAAACAAUUCUUGAACUUCUUAACACGACAGUGCUUGAUGAAAAAUCUGGGGACAGAAAGAAAUAUUCACUUUGGAAUUUGUUCAAUACCCGGAGAUUAGCAAAGAUAACGGUACUGUCGAUGACUAACUGGCUGGCUCUGGGACUAUUAUCAUACGGAAUUCAGUACGGGAUAAAGGCUUUAUCUGGCAACUUCUUUUUCAACUUGUUUUUAUUUAAUAUCAUUAGCGUUCCAACAACCUUUAUAGCUAUCAUACUCAGUAAUAAGUAAGUGUUUAAACAUUUUAAAAUAUUUAUAUAUAUACGAGGCCCUC